AUGACAACUUCCGGAUCCGGUUCUUCCACUGUUCAAUUUCGCGUACGAUUUGUUAAAUUUUCUAAUACUCGGCAUAUGAUGUCUGACGGGCAAAGAUGCGACUCGGGAUGGUUUUCGUCCAACAAAUGUGAUCCCCAUUUCACCGUCUGCUUUACUACCACCGAUGCGACCUGGACGCACUCUGUGCAGCCUGUCUGGUUGUUUCAAAAUCCUAUUUUCGACAAUAUCUUAUGGAACGACACUGUUGAUCCGUUGGCCACGUGUGAUUUCGCUGGACCUUUCACAUUUGGACCGUAUGAUAAUACCGCAGAAGUAACCUUCGGUGAACAACUGAACACUCUUAAAAACCCUUUCGUCUUUAACAUCACACACGCCUGGCGUGGGGUGGAAAUGCGCAUCCGCAUCAAUGAGAGGGAGCGUGGCAGUUUCCUUGGAGCUAAUACGGCAAAAGGACCGCCUCCAUCCGGAGGCAUGCUGCGCUUACGGAUGACCGGUUCCACAGCGGCCAACACCAGCCUGCAACUGGAAUCUCGAAUUCAGUGCCUGCCCCAUUACUACGAUUCGGAAUGUUCCACAUAUUGUGUGCCGCGUCCAGACGACCAUUUCACAUGCGACUCCCGAACCGGACAAAGUGUCUGUGAACCGGGCUGGACCGGCGACUUCUGUAAUGCAAAGAUGCUGUCGGAGAAUCUCAACAUUCAUCCUUUAACGUUUGGCUCGCAAACCGAUGACGUGGUGGCAUACGAAAUGGAGGUGACCAACAGCAGCGAGCCCAUCGGCGACGCACUGCCAACUACCGGCAACAUCACAUUGGCCGCCGAAACACUUCACACGGAUCCCGAUGGCGGUAUCAAUCCUAUACACGUUCAGGUGGUACGAAUGGAAGGCACGACCAUCCACGAAGAAGAAGGUCAUGAACCGUAUUUUGAAAAGCAUUCCAGCAAUGUAUCGGCCGAAGCCGUCACCAGCGGCGGGAUGGCCACUGUCCAUCCAACACCGUCUUCGACAGUGUGGCCGUUAACCGUAUCGCUACUUAUGGGCAGCUUGACUUACCUGGCGACAACGUCCCCGUCUACCGAAAGCUCGACCACCGAAAAAAAGACCACGGUUACGUCAACGUCGGACAAUGCGACGCACGUCCCAGCAACAACGUUAUCUGCACUUGCAGAUUUGGAGACCGGCUCCUCCUCCACAAGCGAAGCGACUGCUGCCGUUAUAUCAUUGGCCGAAAAUCAUACAGUAACUGAAAAUAGUAUAGCGAUACCAAACCUUCUUAUUGUACAAACUUCCGUCAACCUUACCACUGUAACGGAAACAACUGUCUCCUCCAAAACUGGUGCACCAACUGCAUUGUCCGAAAAGGAACAAUUUGGCAAAGUCAAAGAUUUCGACGAAUUGGAGAUUGUGGAGCUUUCGACGGUUGCCGGUCCGUCAACAGUCACUGACUCCAGCGCGUAUGACAUUGUGCAGAUCGUGUACGCUACUCAACCUGAAACCCCGGUAAUGUUUUCCGCUCCAGAUCAUAAUAAUACGACACUCGGGCCAAAGCAUGCGAACUCGCUGACAGAAAGUCGUAAGUUGUACUUUUAUUGCACAUAUACUAAACAAGCGACCCAGAAUACCCGCCACGCUUUGCCAGAGUCUCUGGGUACAGCAUCCGAUUUAAGACUCCAGGAUAAUAAAUACAAUGUUUUUCGUCAAGGUGUCGCUUUUGUUCAUUAUGAUGUACCGCUUGGAACGGGACUGACGGCGAGCUCCAUUCACGAUAGUUCAUUCCUGGACAAACUGAACUGGACCAUCUACCAGGUAGCCCGCGAGCGGCUUCAAGAGCGCAGCGAAACCAGCGGAACCACUGCGGCUUUGACGACAUCUGUAGAGCUGACCGGUCUGUCAAUCUCCAACCAAUCUAUGCAACCAACUAUUACCGUGUACGCCUUAGCCAAUCAAACCGCCGUCUUCACUCCAUCGGAGUUCCGCGUCAUAAUUCAAGCUGCGCUGCACUUGCUGGACGCCCACAAUGCGGCUACGUUGUAUGCAGGAUAUAUUCCGCAUUCCCCGGGUAUAAUUAUGUUCAUAGCGGCACUCUGCGUUAUCGUCGUAAUACUUUUGGGGAUUGUAAUCAUCCUAGCUAGAAGUUCCCAUUCACGGUAUCGGUUGGAUAGUCCUUUCUCCGACGGACCCCCUUCGACUUCGCACAACUGCAGCCUGAUGGUAUCGGCCUUCGACAAUCCCAUGUUUCAGGACAGUAGUUCCGAACUGUGUCCGGCUGACGAUAUCGUUUCCCUGCAACCUUCCACAUGCGCGGUGACGGACAAUGCCGCGUCCAGUGAACGUGUAUACAGUACCGUCCGCUCUUCGGAUCUGUCGCACAGAUCAGGAAGUCAUCCGCCCAUUGCACGCAUCCGGACGACCAGCACAUUUAAGCAGCUUACUAAUGGCGGGACUUUGUAA